CGUCCACUGAUUGAUUCUCAUUUUCCGUCUGUCCUGAGCUGCUGCUACUCGCCACGUCUGCUUGCAGAAGUCAAAAUGCAUGAAGAAAGUAAACCAGCAUUCAGCUUUAAUUUUGGAGCUGCAGCUCCCACUCCGACUACCACAACUGCUACUGCACUCCAGUUUAAUCCCGUCGUAACAGUACCCAAAUCUGUCAGCCUACCUACGACAAGCACUUCAACAGCGAGAAAGGAGCACAGAGCUUUGUUCACGGUCUCAGGUAUGGAAGCUUCUUCAACAGUUCGUCCAAAGUUGGAAUCUCCGUGGAGAGACGUGGAGUGGACAGCAGAGCAAAGGACCAACCUGAUGAAGACUGUCAGCUCCUACAGGCCGAGCUCUGGGGAGGUAACUCAGGCCCAGGUUCUCCUCCUCGGUCCGGUCGGCGCCGGGAAGUCCAGCUUCAUCAGCUCAGUUCAGUCGGUGUUCAGCGGAAGAGUCACCAACCGGGCCAUGGUGGGCUCCUCCUCCUCCAGCAGCUUCACAAAAAAGCUACAGCCCUUCAACAUCCUGGGUCAGAAGGGGGAGGACCCGACCGGAGUGGUGCUGUGUGAUAUCAUGGGUCUGAGUGACGGAGAGAUGACCGGACUGACUCUUCAUGACGUCCUGUCAGUCAUUAAAGGCCACGUACCUGUGGGACACAAGUUCAGCCCAGAUCAGCCAGUUACAGCUGAGACUGAGGGCUAUGUGAGGAGGCCAACCCUUCAGGACAAGAUCCACUGUGUGGCCUUUGUAGUGGACGCUUCCAAAGUGUUGACCUACCCCAAAGGCCUCAGCUCCACCUUCCAACAGCUCAGAGAGCACAUCAGUGACCUGGGUGUUCACCAGGUGGCUCUGCUGACACAAGUGGACAAAAUCUGCUCAGAAACGGCCAAAGACGUCACCCACGUGUACAAGAGCCGCAUAGUUCAGGACAUGAUGAGUAAAGCAGGAGCUCUGCUGGGUAUGUCCACCUCCUACAUCGUUCCCGUGAGGAACUACUCGUCAGAGCUCAACCUGGAUGUCAACACAGACGUGCUGCUGCUCAGUGCUGUUGACCACAUUCUGCAGUACGCUGACCUGUACUUCCAGGACAAUACAGCGCAAGACAUGGAGUCGGUGAAAUUCAAAAACUAAAUGCCAGAGCUUUUGAAAUAUGUCCUUCAGAUAAUAUUAAGAAAGUCACCAUUCACAUGUAAAUAGUCUGAAGUCUCAACGUAUCAUUUCAAGACAAUCUUCCAUUAAUUCAUUUUGGAGCCGUUGUGUGCAGGAUUUUACUGUUUUGUGAAAAUAAUAACUCAAAAAUGCUACACAUGAGACUUAAACGACCUUGUAACCUGCCAUUUUUUGUAGUUUUGUUUUAUUGUUUUACACGGUCCUAAUUGUCAAACUUGUGUAAUUCUGAAUAAAAUUAAAAAGUUGUAAUAUUUUAAUGCUGA